UUGCGCAAGCGGUGUGGAUGUUGGGGAAGAGUUCAGCUUGUGAUCAUUUCUUGCAAUUCAUUGUAAAAUACGUUGAAACAAACCGGCGCUCACAAUGAAAGAUGUCUCCGGGUACCUCAAACAGCAACAGAGCAAGAGCUCAACGCCAGAGAUGGCAACAGAAUGGCACACGUUGGAAGAACUUCACAAUAAAAAGUUGUGGCACCAGCUGACAUUGAGGCUGACAGACUUUGUGCAGGACCCCUAUUUUGCUGGAGGUGAUGGCCUCAUCCAACUUUAUGAAAAUUUCCUGAGUGACUUUGAGCACAGAAUCAACCCGCUGUCCCUGGUGGAGAUCAUUCUCUUUGUAGCCCGACAGAUGAAAGAUCCCAAUGUUGCCAUACCCUUUCUUGAGAAAACGAAAGAAAAGGUAAAGAGCAGUGAUGAAGCGGUCAUUCUCUGUAAGACCUCCAUCGGUAGUCUCAAACUGGAGAUCAACGACCUUCCUGCCACAAAGAAAUUGAUAGAGGAGGUGGAGGAGAUGUUGAAUAACUUGCCUGGUGUCACCUCGGUCCACGGGAGAUUCUACGACCUCUCCAGCAAAUACUACCGCAUCAUCGGGAACCACGCGUCUUACUACAAGGACGCACUGCGGUACCUGGGCUGUGUGGAUGCCAAAGAUCUGCCAGAGUCCGAGCAGCAGGAGAGAGCCUUCACUCUGGGACUGGCCGGACUCCUGGGGGAAGGAGUGUACAACUUCGGAGAGCUGCUGAUGCACCCAGUGCUGGAGUCUCUCAGGAACACGGAGAAGCAGUGGCUGAUCGACACGCUGUACGCCUUCAAUGGGGGAAACGUGGAGAAGUUCCAGGCCUUCAAGACUGCCUGGGGUCAGCAGCCUGACUUGGCAGCGCAGGAGGCCAAGCUGAUGCAGAAGAUCCAGCUGCUCUGUGUGAUGGAGAUGACUUUCACCCGUCCGGCCAAUCACAGGCAGCUGACGUUCCACGAAAUCGCACAGAGCGCCAAGAUCCCUGUGGAUGAGGUGGAGCUGUUGGUAAUGAAGGCUCUGUCUGUGGGGUUGAUAAAGGGGAACAUUGACGAGGUGGAUCAGAGAGUGCAGAUGACCUGGGUUCAGCCCAGAGUGCUGGAUCUGCAGCAGAUUAAGAGCAUGAAGGAGCGGCUGGACCUGUGGUGUGGAGAUGUGAAGAACAUGGCCAUGCUGGUGGAACAGCAAGCCCACGACAUCCUCACCUAAACCUGCCCCCUACCACACCCCCGCCCUGGGGGCUGAGUCUCACCUAAACCUGCCCCCUACCACACCCCCGCCCUGGGGGCUGAGUCUCACCUAAACCUUCCCCCUACCAAACCCUACCACACCCCCGCCCUGGGGGCUGAGUCUCACCUAAACCUGCCCCCUACCACACCCUACCACACCCCCGCCCUGGGGGCUGAGUCUCACCUAAACCUGCCCCCUACCACACUCUACCACACCCCCGCCCUGGGGGCUGAGUCUCACCUAAACCUUCCCCUGAGUCUGUCCUGUCCUCACGCGGGUCCUGCGGAUCUAACACCCCCCCCCUUCCCACGAGGGUGUUCUCACUUUGACUGCAAGAGGUAAAUACUGCAACACCCAACUCCAGCUAUACCAACAAACAAGAGGCCUCUUAUGUAUUCUGUUUUAUAUAAAAUGUUGGGUGCCAUGUACUGUUUGACUUUUUUUUUUUCUUUUUUUUAAAUACAACUUUAAAAACAGUUUUUGGACCAUGUAUUCCUUUUUUUUUUUUGUCUUUUUUUUUUUUGGGCCUGUUAAGAUUCACGUGUUACUGUUUGUCAACAUAUGCCGAGGAUUCUUUUUAUACCAAACGGAGUCAGGAGUUAGACACCACCUUUUACUAGUUCACAGAACCUGAACAUUUGUUUUCAGACUGAAUAAAGGAAGCCCGUUCACGUGUAUCAUA